GUCUCUGUCCUCGGCACGCGCAUUUCGUCACAGGGAUGAUUUUCUAACCAAUUACGCGCAAUGUGGAAAAUUUCAUCCAACUGCAGGAGGGAUACUGGCAAGUUGGAGGGAUUUCACUCAGGGAUGGUGCCUCUGCGCGCACCUGGAGCCGCUGGAGACAUGCAGAGGCAACAGAUUCCGCACAGUUUCCUCUCCCUUCUAUGAUACUCGUCCGCAGUGAAUCUGCGAUCUUGUUCCUGGGAUGGGGAGAAGCCCACGGAGCUGCGGUGCCGUCCUCCUGCUGGCUGUCGUUUGCUCCUGUCGCGCUGCCACCCUGGAGUCCAUCCACUGGAGCAGCUCCAACGCAAAAUUUGCUCCUGGUCAGGGUUUGGUGCUCUACCCUCAGAUAGGUGACAAAAUGGACAUCGUGUGUCCCCGGGCCGAUGCGUCCGCCAGAGGAGGGGAGGAGUUCUACAAAGUCUACCUGGUCUCCCAGAGUCAGAUGCAGCGCUGCGCCGUGGACAAGAUGGACACGCCGUUGCUGAACUGCGACAAGCCUUACCAGGACGUCAAAUUCACCUUCAAGUUUCAGGAGUUCAGCCCGAACCUCUGGGGUCUGGAGUUCCUCAAGGGGAGGGACUAUUACAUCACCACCACAUCCACAGGCUCUCUGAAAGGUCUGGAUAAUACCAAUGGAGGGGCGUGUAGGACCAAAUCCAUGAAGCUGGUGCUGAGAGUUGGCCAGAAUGCUACAGAUCCACCUUCAACCCUUCAGGAGUCUCCGACCAGAUUCCCACCCACGGCACCAAAGUCCAAGGCCAAGGACGCCUCCACAAAGGAAAAAAAUAAAAAAACAAAUGUGGGAUCGGACCCUGAGCAGGCUGACCCGAGCAGCGGUGGCUCUCAGCCAGGGGUCAUGGUGUGGGUCAUCUCGGGCUGCGCGGCCCUCCUUCUGGUCAGCGUGAUUCUGCUGGCGGCGCUGUGGAGGUGCCGCCGGCGUCGCUGUGACCCUGACGGGCGGCAACAGCAUCAGCAGCAUCAGCCCGCCUCCGUGUCCCUCAGCACGCUGGCGUUGCCGAAGAGGGACAGCAUCAGCAGCGACAACAACGGCUCCGACGUGGUCUUCCCCCUGCGGGCCUCCGACGGCAUGAUCUGCCGCCACUACGAGCGCGUGAGCGGCGACUACGGGCCCCCCGUGUACAUAGUCCAGGAGAUAAUGCCCCAGAGCCCCACCAACAUCUACUACAAAGUGUAA